GUGGUAGCGCUAGGAGCAAGAUGAAGACACUUCACUUCGGUCCCGUGUCGCCGCCGGCUCCUGGGGAGGAAUUCGACAAACGUCUGUGGUUGAAAUCAGCCAUGCCAAGGGGACAGGAUCGAUGCCCCAAGAUGGAUGACCAUCAGUCAGAAAGUCAAGAUCACAUGACUACUGAAAGUAUCCAAUCAGCGUGUGCUGUUAUCACGACUGAUUCAUCUGCCACCUCGUACCCUGAACAGGGCCAGUUCUCAUCAUCUCUUGAGCGAAUGGAAUUUACCUUACAGAGUGCCGGUAACAUUCGCGUGGACCUCUACGAUGCCGGUAACAAACACCUGUUCUCACUAGAACUCAGGCGUUUUUCAUCGGCCAUUUACCGCCGCUACGAUCCAUGGGGUGAUGACAAUGUUGGGACAGGAAUCGAAUGGGCUAAUGGUCGCUUCUGGAUAUCAAGCUCUACCAGCGAGUUACAGGUGGGAAGAGAUGGAAGUGACGACCCUAUGAUCAGCUUCGCUCAUUCACCCGGCCCUCAUGACAUCAGGAAGAUUGAACUGUACUCCGACGAGUAUGCUGAGUGGACAAUCCUCACACCGUGCAACUAGGCUUUCGGGUGUUUAACAAACUAUGACCCUAUA